AUGGACUCCUGGGUCCCAGCCCAGCUGCCCCAGCCCCGGGAGAGGCAGGCAGUCCGAGGGGCUUGGGGAGAAGCCCACCAUGGCUCUCCACCACAGCCCAGGCGGCAGCUGCUCCGUGCAGGACCCCCACCUCGACCCGGCUCCUGGGAUGGGGGCCACCUCCCCGGCCAGCCCUGGCAUGAGGACCACCACCACCCCCGGAGGGAUGCUCGCAGACUGGCUUCCCGGGAUGAGUACUAUGAAAGCAGCUACCCCAAUGGGCCAUACUCCAGGCAAGGAUAUGAAGACCCCCCCCGGCAGUAUCCAGCAGCCAGCUAUGAGGGUGACUACCCCCACCAAAGGCACCAGUGGCAGCCGGUGGCCUGGCAGGAUGACAGAGACCUGAGACAGGGAGAGUCUUACGGCAAGAGUACCAAUUACCGGGACCAGCACUACUACAGGGGUUACCACCCCAACCUGGCCAUGACCCACCCAGGGCAGGACAGGAUGCAGACCUACGACUCCUACGAGGAGAGCUUCAUCUCGGCUGCCAGGAGGGAGUGGGCAGGGGGAGAAACCCUCGGCAGUGAUAUGGGAGAGGCCGGUGGCCAGCCCCGAGAGCCCUCGGGCCAGCCCAGCCUCCUCCUGCAGUACCGCGAGUCCGGGCUGCUCAGCUCCAGCAGCUGUGAGCGCAGCCAGUACAUCCGUGACGGUGCUGACCACCACGACCCCCUGCUUUCAGGGACCUGGAGCCCAGCAGAAGCAGGGGGGCCCUUGGUGUCCACCCCGGUGGUACCCCUGAAGUUCUUGUUGCCGCACGUGGCGGUGUGCUUUGGAGCCGGAGGCCAGCUGGUACUGGUGUGUCCCCACCGCCCUGCCGAGGGGCAGCUGGCCCUCGUCGAGCUAUGCAGCCUGGAGGUAAUCCUUCAUGGUACAAAAGAGCUGGAGGAGCUACAGGCUUUCCCCGGGCCCCUGGCCAGGGAAGAUCUGCACAAGGUGGAUGUGAUGACAUUUUGCCAGCAGAAGAUAGCCACAAGCUGUGAUCUCUCAACACAGAGAGGCAGAGAUUCAUCUCUCCUCUGGAAAUUCCUGGUCCUCCUCUGCCGGCAGAAUGGGUCCCUGGUGGGUUCAGACGUGGCUGAGUUGCUGAUGCAAGACUGUGGACGCCGGGAGAAGUACAAGAGGCAAAACCCCACGGCAAACCUGAUUGGCCUGACGGAUGAUGAGUGGAUGUCGCGUCAGCCGGGGACACUGGACCUCAUCACGGGGGAGGUCCCUCCCGUUGUGGAGACGCAGGCACAGAUCGUGGAGAAGUUCACCAAGCUCCUUUACUACGGCAGGAAGAAAGAUGCUCUGGUCUGGGCCAUGAGAAACCAGCUGUGGGGCCAUGCCCUCUUCCUCUCCAGCAAGAUGGACUCUCGGUCCUACAGCUGGGUGCUCACCGGGUUCACCAGCACGCUGGCCACCAAUGACCCCCUGCAGACCCUCUUCCAGCUCAUGUCGGGAAGGAUCCCUCAGGCAGCGCUGAGCUGUGGGGAUGCCAUGUGGGGAGACUGGAGGCCCCACCUGGCCGUGAUGUUGUCCAACAAGGUUGGAGACAUGGAGCUGAACCACCGAGCUAUCCUCACCAUGGGAGACACUUUGGCUGGCAGGGGAGCAGUCGAAGCAGCUCAUUUCUGCUACCUGAUGGCAGAUACUCCUUUCGGUUACUUCGGGGCGAAGGCAGACCGCAUGGCUCUGCUGGGCAGCAGCCACCGUCAGGCGUUUGCCCAGUUUGCCAGGACAGAGGCCAUCCAGCGGAUGGAAAUCUUUGAGUAUUGCCAGCACUUACGGCAGCCCGAAUCCUUCCUGCUCCCCUUCCAGGCGUACAAGCUCCUCUACGCCUCUCGCUUGGACGAACACGCGCUGACAGCCACGGAUCUGCACUACUGGGUCGGUAUCUUCCCUGCGGAGCUGAAAUGUGUGACAAGCCCCGUUGCCCUCCUGGCUCUGCAGCUAGCCGAGCGGCUGAAGCUCUCCGACCCUCUGCUCCUGGAGAUGCCAGAGCAGGACCAGACGCUGGAGCCCACCUGGCUGGUACAGCUCCGAGCCUGCUGCCGGGAGUGGGAGGUGGAAGAUGACCUCCCUCCGGAGGUGGCACCAGCUCAGCCAAGGCUCUCCUGGGCUGCUGCAUCGUCGGCAGAUGGAGAGCCUGCCCGUGAGCAUCCUCGCAGCGAAGGCUACCAGUACGACCAGUGGUACCAGCCUGUGCCACCCCAGGGACCCAGCUCCCAUGAGAACGUGCCCCUCUGGCCCCCGGUACCCACUCAGGUCACAGCAUCACCACUGCUCGGUGUUGAGCAAGAGCUGCAGCCCCCCACACUCAGCCCAGGAACGGCAGUCCCUCUGGAAGGGGUUUUUGACGAGUCCCCUCUGCAGGCGGUGCUGCCGGCAGGAGAAGCUGGGGAGCCCCAGGGUGCCCCGCUGUCCCCUGGGGGCGUGCAGCCAUCCUGCCCGGCAGAGCAGGAGGAGUUAAAAGCAAGGGCUCGGACCAUCUCGGAGAGCUCCACCAUCUCCUUGGGAGACGACAGCCGGCCUUCCUCGGAGAGCGCAGCCGAAGAUGCCGCUGAAGAGCCGGCAGCAGCAGAGGCAGUGAAGCCGGGUGAGGAUAAGAGCUCUGGAUUUAGGUGGUUUGGCUGGUUUUGGUCCAAACCCACCAAAGAAACAUCUCCCAAAGCUGCAUCUGAGAUGGCCCCAGACUCCCCCAUGCCGGGAUCGCAGGAACAGACGUCGCCAUCCCCACCUGACGCCCCUCUCGCGGCUGCGACGAGCCCUUCGGCUCAGCCUCUCGCCCAAAACCCCGGAGGAAUGCAAGGUGAAAACACCUUCGCUGUUACUCCAGCGUCCAUUGAGAUGAAAGGCUUGGGGGACACGGAUGGCGAGGCGUCAGUGGGCGAGCAGGCUGGCUCCCACAAAUCUCCCCCACUGGUGGGGACAGUUCCCCUCUUCAACCCUGUGCAGGUCUCUCAG